AAAGAGGACUGACCAGACAUCACGUAGCAGUAGUGUAGCAAACAACCAGCUCGAGAUCUCGCCACUUUCCUUCUUCCUUUGCUCCGUUUCUCGAUCUGUUGCCCGCAAAUGGCGGCCUCGACGAAACUCCUGUCCGUUCUGUUCCUUGCGUUGGUCCUUGCUCAUUCCCAGGUCCAAGCCAGGUUUAAGCUCACUCGUUAUGAAGAGAAGAAGCCGCAACAAGUCGAGAUCCCUGCGCCUGCGCCUGCGCCGGAGUAUAGCCUCGCGCCUGGCCCUGCCCCGGCUUAUGUUGAGAAGGAGUACGGUUACGGCCUGUACGGCCACGACUCCGACAUCCUCCCGCCGGCUAGAGAGACGUACACUCCCGUGACCACCACCACCACCGACGUCAACAAGAGGGAAACCACCGCCACUCCGGCCACUGCCACCACGGCUAAGGACGACAAAUUCGAGGAAAAAUUCGUGCGUGAAGAGCUCAGCGGCGAAAGCUUCCAGACGGGCUACACGAACAACAACAACAACUACAACUACAACAACGACAAUGGCUACUCCAACAACGAGAACUACAACAACAAUGGCUACUCCAACAAUGAGAACUAUAACAACAACAACAAUGGCUACUCCAACAACAACAAAUACAAUGGCUACGUGAACACCAGGGAAACCAACGGAUACGCCAACAACUACAAACCCAACACCUUCACAAGCACGUACAGCACCACCGGCCAGUCCGACAAUUACAACACCAAUGGUUACUCCGGCAACUACAACAACAAUGGCUAUGGGACGGAGAGGCAAGGGAUGAGCGACACCAGGUACAUGGCGAAUGGCAAGUACUACUACCAUGUGGGCAGCGACAAUAGUUACCUCAACGGGCACGAGACAGAAAAGGCGGCUACUGGGAAUUACGUCAACUAUGAUGAGAACAGUUCGAACUCGAACGAGUUCGAUACAAUGGAAGAGUACUACAAGAAGCAGGGGUACCAAGAGAGCGAGGAGGUGCACGAGCCCUGAGAGCGAUCGGUCCGCGAGCGAUGGAGAAAGAGAGAGAGCUCUGGACAUGGAUUGCAGAUUAGGACAUUAAGCUAAAUUAAGAAAGAGAGGAUGUGUGUUCCUUGUGUUGAUGCUUUCAAAGUUGGGUUUUUUUCUUCUUCUUCUUCUUUUUUCCCUCUUGGGCACUUUUUAUUGCUUUGCAUAUGGAAGAACGAUACGAGUUGUCUGCAACAAUUGAUGUUGUUAUGCUUUUAAAAAGAACGUAACUUAAGGAUAUGCUUUCAAUCUUUGAUGGCAA